UAGUAAAGAAGAAUCGUGUUCCUCGCGACCACGUCGUUUUGGUCUGUAAAGAUAAAAACUAAAGCCUCGGUAGCACAAAACUCGCCCCUUUCUUCGUUUUUUCUUCAACGCAUCGCUCCCGAUUUCCUCUGAAUCUACCACUUUCCGGCGAAUCUCCGCUUUACAGGAGAAUAUGGCAACUAGGGGUCAAGGUGGUAUCCAACAAUUGCUUGCUGCAGAGCAAGAAGCUCAACACAUUGUCAAUGCUGCCAGAAAUGCAAAAUUGGCUAGACUGAAACAAGCUAAAGAAGAGGCUGAAAAGGAAAUUGCUGCAUAUCGUGCCCAAGUGGAGUCUGAGUUCCAAAGGAAACUCGAUGAGAGCAGCGGAGAUUCAGGUGCUAAUGUCAAGCGGCUCGAACACGAGACAGAUGAAAAGAUUCAUCACCUGAAAGAAGAGUCUGCAAGAAUUUCACACGAGGUUGUGGACAUGCUCCUGAAGCAUGUGGUGACCGUGAAAUAUCUUAAACUGCACGUGUAUUGUGGAGAUGAAUCCUUUCCUUUUGUAUGGAUCAGAAAAAAGGGAGAUCAGAAAAUCAAGAGAUUGGAAGAGAAUUGUUGGGUCCAACCUAAUUUGGAUCAAGAUUUGAAUGGAAAUGAGCUCAUUACCCGCCAUCGCCAUCGCCAGCGCCACCCACUAAACCACCACGCCACAAUUUCCUCUCUCUCUUCUCUGUUUCUUUUCCCCAAUUCCCAAUUCCCAAUUCCCCAAUUUCCCAAUUCCUCAUCUGGCAAUUCCAAUUUGAGGGAUUCCGUUCCUGAUUUCGCCGUUCAAAUCCCAUCUAAAACCAUCUUCGUCUUCAAUUCCACCUCGCUUUGUAUUUCUACCUUUUGGGCUUCAUUGGGUUUCGCGUUUCUUCCCUUUUCUUUCAUGGGUAACAUUGGAAGUAGCAGUUCCAAUGGCCGGAGGAGGCACGCUACCCGUCGCAGCCACCCGGCUCCCCCUCCGCCGGCGCCACCGCAGCCCGAACUAGCCACUAAUCGCUACGUAUUCGCCGCCGCCACGCCUUACCCAUCGCAAUACCCUAACCAUCCCAAUCACCCGCCCCCAUAUUACCAGUAUCCCGGUUAUUUUCCGCCGCCCCCCGGUCCGCCGCCCUCUAUGCCGAUGCCCUUGCCGGCGCCUUAUGACCACCACCAUCGCGGAGCCCAUCCUCACAUGGAUCCCGCGCAUUGGGUCGGUGGGAGGUACCCGUAUGGCCCUCCUAUGCCUCCCCAAACGCCCUAUGUCGAGCACCAGAAGGCGGUUACCAUACGAAAUGAUGUCAAUUUGAAGAAGGAAACUCUCAGGAUCGAGCCUGAUGAAGAAAAUCCCGGCCAAUUCCUCGUUGCGUUCACCUUCGAUGCCACCGUCGCCGGAAGUAUCACCAUCUUCUUCUUUGCGAAAGAAGGUGAACAUUGCAACUUGACACCCAUGAAAGAAGAGAACACUAUUGAACCAGUGACUGUCCAUUUCGAAGAAGGCCUUGGACAGAAGUUCAGACAGCCCUCUGGAACAGGAAUAGAUUUCUCGAAGUUCGAAGAGUCAGAAUUACUGAAAGUAAACGACACAGAUGUCUAUCCAUUGGCUGUAAAAGCUGAGGGUUCCACUGACUGCCAAACUGGGCCAGAUGGUACCCCGGUACCCGAGACCAUGAACUCUCAGAUAACCCAGGCAGUGUUUGAGAAAGAUAAAGGUGAAUAUCAGGUGAGAGUGUUGAAACAAAUCCUGUGGGUAAAUGGUAUGAGAUAUGAGCUACAGGAAAUAUAUGGAAUUGGCAAUUCAGUCGAGAGUGACGUGGAUGGAAAUGAUCCUGGAAAGGAAUGUGUCAUUUGCUUGUCAGAACCACGGGAUACAACCGUCCUUCCCUGCCGACACAUGUGCAUGUGCAGCGGGUGUGCUAAGGUGUUGAGGUUCCAGACAAACCGAUGCCCGAUUUGCAGGCAACCGGUCGAUAGGCUCUUAGAGAUAAGGGUCAGCAAUGGGUCGGAUGAAUGAAGAAAGCCACUAUCUUUACCAUAAGCAGCAACCGUCGCAAUCUGUGUACAGCACUGUUCUAUGUUUCUUGUAUUUCUUUUUGCAUCUUCUGAAUUUAUUCUCUUCCUGAUGUUCUAAUAAUCUUGAAGGAAGCUUUAAGCUUACGUAACCAGCGCGUUGUGCCAUGGAAAAAGAAGACGAAAAAAGAAAGAAAUUGUAAACAGAUGUGCUUGUUUUCUCAUGAUCAAGUGUUGCUAGAAUUUAUCUCUAUAUUAUGUAUUUGAGCAGAGGCAUGUUUUGUUUUAA